AUUUUCAGCCGUGAAAUAAGUAUUAUCCGAAAGAAGGGCAUCAUUUUGACAAGCCUUGCUGCCUUGGACAUGGCUUCAGUGCCAAUGGCUGCACUUGUGUCUGUUAUUGCAAUGGUAUUAACUGGGAAACAUCUGACACCAGUCAAUGUUUUCAUGCUUAUCUCUUUCAUCUAUGUAUCAAGAGUCACCUGUUCAAUUUUACUGGCCAGUGGUUUGCAAGACACAUAUGACGCGUAUGUUUCACUUAACAGAAUAGAAUAUUUUCUUCUGUUACAAGACCCACCUACGGGCACCGCUCCAGCUCUUCAGUUCGCGGAUCCCAUAAGAAACAUGGAGGGGUCCGCAGCGAUGUUGAAGAGUUCUUUAUGGCAGCAUAAGGAAGAAAUGAGAGAAAACGAAGAAGAUGGCAUUGAUGAACAUAAAACCCGUGACACGAUGGAUACUUUGACUUUGUCAAGAUUAAGUUAUGAACAGUCAAAGCGAAAAGACCAAUUUAUUCUACAAGAUAUCGAAUUUAAGGCAGCUUCAGGGAGCUUAACAGUCAUUACCGGGCCAGUAGGUAGCGGAAAGUCUACCCUUCUCUCAGCAAUCGCUGGCGAGGUACCAGACAAACAGGGGAACGUAAUCUGCAGAGGGGCUCUUGUUUACGCACCUCAGAUAGCUUGGGUAUUCUCGGGAACAAUUAGAGAAAACGUUUUGUUUGGCGAACCAUUCAAUGAAUCCAAGUACAAAAGAGUCAUUGAAGCUUGUGCGCUAAGAGAAGACAUUCAUCAGUUUCCUGAUUGUGAUGAAACGAUGGUUGGAGAACGCGGUGAACUGCUGAGUGGGGGUCAGCGCGCCAGAGUAAGCUUGGCACGCGCAGUCUAUGCAGAUGUGGACCUUUACUUGUUCGAUGACCCCUUAAGCGCUGUAGAUGUCAAGGUUGGUCAAAAUAUUUUUGAAAAAUGCUUCAAAGACCUGCUGGGUCAAAAAACCCGUGUGAUUGCUUCCCACCAAGAGCAGCUUAUGGAAGAAGCUGAUAAUAUCAUUGUGUUGUAUAAAGGCCGCGUGUUGCGUGAAGGAAGCUUUAAUGAGCUGAAAAAAAGAGGAAUUCUGAAUGAAACUAUCGAUCCACUCUAUACCAUGAAAGUAAGCAGUGGCAAGUCAGAUCACCACCUUGAUGAAUCAAAUAAUGAGGACGAUGGUGCAUCGGACAAACCUUUCCCACCUCUGGUCAAAAACGAGGCAAAAGGUCUACAGAUAUCGGAAGAAGAUCGCAUGACCGGAGUAGUGUCAUCCAAGCUUUACUGGAAUUACUUCAGAAGCGGGUUGAAUUCACUGGCGAUAAUUUCAUUAUUCUUACUUUUUCUCAUCUCUCAAGGUAAGUGACAGUUUUACAGGUUUAGAGAACGGAUUGUGUCAUCGAAAAGCCCCGAGGCGUCAUAUAUUUUCAUCAAUAUAAUGAUGAGUUAAAUACAACCCUACUGGAAACUACGCUCUCCUGGAGAGACGACGGGAAGAGAAACCCUGCGCUACUAAGUUGCAAUAUACGCUUUCGUGAGAGCACUGUACGCAUGCGUACAUUAUCACCCCUUACAUUAUCCGCUGACGCCCCCUAAGAAUAUCCAGUUUGCAUAACCGAGUCUUUCAAACGCACCUUGUAAACUGCGUUUCAUCCGCCCCGAUUCUCUUAAAAAAUAUCAAUAACAAUAACAGUAACUAAUAAUAACAAUAAUGAUAAUGAUAAUAAUAAAAUACUGAUAGUAAUAGUAGUAAUAAUAAUAACAAUAAUAAUAAUAAGGAAGAAGAAGGAAAUUAAAAAGAAUUUUCCCUACGAGGAAUCAUUCGAAAUCAUGGAAGGGAAAGGAUGAUGGGAAAACGGAAAAUCAGGCGUCAGGUUAACUGAUGAAUAUGAAAGUCAGUUAUAAAGUGAAAAGUCCAUCCACUGAAAUCACACAAACUCUUACGUAGCGCCGAGAUAAUUGUUUUACUUCUCAAACCCUUUUGCUUUUCUAACUUGACGUUGUCGUCGCCGUCGUCGUCGCCGUCGCCGUCGCAGUUGUUUUAAACUGUUUUUGUCUCACUCUUUUCACAGCAUUGCUAGUUUCUCCUGAUGUAUGGCUGUCUAUUUUGACACAGAAAAGUCCAGACGAUCAGCGUAACAAGACAAAUAUAACCAUUUACGGUUGCCUGGUCACCGCAGCCUUCAUAUUUGCCAUCAUCCGAGCGCAGGUAUUCCACCUGGCUUCACUGAGAUGCUCAGAACGUCUUCACGACAAAAUGGUUGUGGCUGUUCUACAAGCCCCGGUGCUCUUCUUUGACUCCAAUCCCGUGGGGAGAAUCAUGAAUCGUUUCUCUAGAGAUAUAGGUUGUUUGGACGAAUUACUGCCUAAAACGUUUCUGCUCUCCAUUCAGUAUGCUUUGAUGGUGUCGACAGCAAUUCUUGUGCCAGCUGCAACGAAUCCUUGGCUUCUACUGGUUUUCGUACCCGCCACUUUCCUAGCUGUCUACAUUACCAGCUACUACUUGAAGACAUCUAGGGAACUGAAAAGACUGGAAUCCAUUUGUCGCAGUCCGGUUUUCUCUCACAUUUCAGAGACCCUGAAUGGACUGGACACGAUUCGGACAAGGAAAAGAGAAGAUGACUUUGUGGAUCGGUUUCAUGGGUGUGUUGAAAUCUUUUUUUAUUUUUUCAUUAAUGAGACACGUUAAAUUGAACCAAAAUCCUUUUUUGACCGACAAGAAACUCUCAGCAGAUGAUUCUUCAAGUUACUAUGGCAUACACACACUCAAUGAUAUUGGCUGUUUUAAGCAAUCUGACUGGUUCGCUAAUUAGGAAAAUUGAGAAUCAUUCACUAACUAGCGAGUGGAAAAUACAUGAUCUUAAAAACAGAAACAAAAUGAAUUGAAUGAAAGAAGAUCAGAAACAAGUUAAGAAGCUUUUAACCGUUUUAUGAUGACGUUAAGAUAAAUAAGUCUGUUCUACUUUACAAGGCAUUGCAAGGCGAAUCGCGCAUGUCUAUCAAUGAUCUCUCCCGUACAAGCCUGAAUUUUUUUUUUCAGGCCUUCUUUUCCCAACUGCAAAAGUUGCGUAUAUAACUACUAUGAUCAUCCUUCAUUUCAUUCUUCACUCCGCAUUUCAAAUAUAUGAUUUUCAUAUAUUCAAAACUUGAUAUCUUAACUGUUACAAACAAAUCAGUGCACGGUAGAGAGACGAGACAUGGCCAAUAUAAUUCGUAUGCCCAACGUUUCGACACAUCUCCAAAGCGGGAAGGUCUUUUAGCGUCAGUAGCAUACGGUUGUGGAACAGUCUGCCUGAUGAUAUUAAAAGGAAAAACAGUCUUUCAUCUUUUAAGAAUGCUUUGAUAGCUUAUUUUAGAGAUUCUUAUAUUGAUAUUAAUACUUUCGAAGCCUUAUUGUAAAUAUAUCUUUGCAUUGUUAGGUUAGUUAAUUUAGUUGAAGGCCAAUGGCUUAUCAGCUUCUGCUGUUACGUGAUAACUUAUUUUACUGAUUCUUAUAUUGAUAUUAACAAUUUUUAAGCACUAUUGUAAAUAUAUAUAUCUGUAAUUUUUAGAUUAGUUAGUUUAGUUGAAGGGUCACUGGUUUAUCAGCUUCUGCUGUUAUGUGUUUACCCUCAUUUUUAAAUAAAGUUGAUUGUUAUUGUCUGUUGUAAAAUGGUUGGCGUGAAUCCGGUAUUUUGUCAACACCUAACCUUGGAAAUUUCUAACUGAAAAAAGGCUUUAAGUAUAAAUAAAAACCACAGGCUAACCAACCUCUGAUGAGGGAGUCAUUUUGCGAAAUAAUUUCCCCACCGUCGGCUAGAACCGGGCAAAUUAGAAAUCAUCUUACAUUCUCAUGAAAAAAACAAGAAUUGCUUUAAUAAAAUUUCUUUUGUUUUACUUCCUCAGGUAUCAAGAUGUAUACAGUCAGGUAUAUAUUAUGGUGAAGGCGAGUGCUCGGUGGCUUGGUGUUCAUAUGGAUCUUCUCUCGGCUAUAUUAAUUGGCACAGUGGCAGUAGCUGCCGCUUUGGUUUCUCAAGAUGCUGGUACGUGAACCAAUAUCCAGUCAUAACAUUGUUUCAACAUUUUGAAAGAGAACUUUGAGCUAAAUACACUUUUUCGCGUUCUUAUAUACAGAGGAAUCUCGAUUUUUCGAACCACCAUUGGAAUAGCGUUGAAAUUGGUUUAAUUGGGCCUUGUCCGGUCCACAUAAAAUCAAUUUGAGCCUUGCUCCGCUACUCCCUUGAAUACCGAAAAACCCAAACUUAAGAGAAAUGAAAGGUUUUUCUCUUUUGGCUCAUUAUAAAGCUGAAUUUUGCAAAACGGAAACAAAAUCGAAAUUAUUUUUAACCAAAUUGAACCAUUUUCAACAAUCACAAGGCCAAGUAAACAAAAACAAAACAAAUGUUUCUCUUCCCGCCCACUUCAUUUUUUGGGUCCGCCUCUCUUUUUUAUUAUUUGUUAUUGGAAAAGUUGGAACACACAAAAACCAAUAGCGGCGGUAUGCCAAAAGAGGAGAUACAAGCCAAAGAAAAAAAACCAAGAAACUUUCAGGCAGGCUAAAUGAUAAAGCCAAGCAUUCAUUACACACUGCGUCCUAUUCACGUUUUUAAUGCAACCUACAUAACGAGAUAUAAGGUACGACACAUCAAGUUGCUGUUUAAAACUUGUACCCUAGAAACCAAAUUUGUGUUUUAGCAAUAUCUGACGUUUCAUUCAAUCCCGACAUUAAUAUUUGUCCGAAGAACUCCAUCUUAUCCUUGGGAGAAGGCAAUAAUAAUUUGUAAAGAAAGCAUUAAAUUUAAAAGUAAAUAAAAGUCAGAAAUAACAAAAAAAGAUCCCUGCUCUCUUUUUUGAAGAAAGCCGGACGAGAAACAGUUGCCGCUUUUUUUUUUUUUUGCUUGGCCUAACAAGAACAAAAACAACUAUUAAUAGUAGCAGUAUUUAGUACGGUUUUUAAUACCAAAAGCGGUAGGAUGCAAAAUUAAUAAGGUCAGCUGUAACAAAAACUGAUAAACACGUUAAAUAUUCUUUUUCUUUUCCAAUUAGCAUUUGCUGGUCUAGCCCUUGUUUACGUUAUUCAAACUUCAGUUGUCACACAAUACGCCGUCAGGAAAGCUUCAGAAGUCGAGAAUUUAAUGACAUCAGUUGAACGAGUUAUCACGUAUACCAAACUUGAGUCUGAGCCUGGAUACAAAGUGAAACGACGUCCCCCGGAAAAUUGGCCAAGUGAAGGAAAUAUCACAUUCCAUGACGUAUCACUGACGUAUUAUCCGGGGGGUCCUCAAGUACUGAAGAAAAUCAACCUCACAAUCAAAGGAGGAGAAAAGAUUGGUAUCGCUGGUCGAACGGGCGCAGGAAAAUCUUCAUUUGUCGCUUCUCUAAUGCGCAUGCCCGAAGCCGAUGGAGGGAUAACGGUCGAUGAAGUUCGAAUAAAGGAGAUAAACCUCUGCGAAUCACGACGCUCAAUAUCAAUUCUAGGCCAAAGUCCUGUUCUUUUUAGUGGAUCACUCAGAAAAAACCUCGAUCUUAUGGAGCAGUUUCAAGACGCAGAAUUGUGGUGCGCUCUGGAAGAUGUACAGCUGAAAGAUUUAGUGGAAAGCCUAGAGGGGCAGCUAAAUCAUGAGUUAUUGGAGUACGGAGGAAAUGUCAGUGUAGGAGAACGCCAACUGAUCUGUUUGGCUCGAUUGUUGCUACAGCAAAACAAGAUCAUUAUCUUGGAUGAGCCGACUGCACAUGUUGAUCCAGACACAGAACAAACCAUCUGGAAGGUGGUUCAUGAGAAGCUGAAGGACUCCACAAUCAUCACUAUAGCUCAUCGUUUAAACACGAUAAGACACUGUGACAGGAUCCUGGUGUUAAAGGACGGACAAGUUAAGGAAUUUGACAGGUUCGAUAGGUUAUUGAACACAAAAGGAAGCGUCCUGCGAGAAAUGGUUGAAAAGCUAGGAGUGUGA